AUGUCAUUUCCACAACCUACUGCCGAAAGACAGGCCGAGCUCAUUGAAAACUAUGAGGCUGUCUGGGGCCAAGUGAAGGCGCAUCUGGCCAGUCUGCCGGUCAGAUUGGUUGCGGUGUCUAAAUUAAAGCCAUCCUCCGAUAUCAUGGGCUUGUAUAAUCAUGGCGUUCGUCAUUUUGGAGAGAACUAUGUUCAAGAGCUAGUGGCAAAAUCUAAAGAGCUUCCCAAGGAUAUAAAGUGGCAUUUCAUAGGUGGCUUGCAGAGUGGAAAAUGCAAAGACUUGGGUCGCGAUAUCGAGAAUCUCUACGCCGUUGAAACUAUUGAUGCUUUGAAGAAAUGUAAGAAACUAGAAUCCACUAGGGCUGCUGCGGGUCUCUCUCCAGUUAACAUAUAUCUCCAGGUGAAUACGUCAGACGAGGCCCAGAAAUCUGGCUACACCUUGAGCAAUUUGGAAGAGGUCUAUGAGACGGUGGAGUAUGUUAUCAAUGAUUGCAAGAGUUUGCAGUUGCAAGGCUUAAUGACAAUUGGGUCUUUCGCCCAGUCCACCUCUGAGGAAGAAGUGAACCAGGAUUUCGCCACGUUGGUGGAGUUGAAGCUGAUCUUAGACAAGAAGUACUCACUCGAUCUACAAUUGAGCAUGGGAAUGAGUAACGAUUUGACUACCGCCAUACGCCAGGGCUCGACAAGUGUGAGGGUUGGUUCUUCAAUCUUUGGAGCCAGACCCCCCAGAAACGGUCAUUAA